AUGUGGCGACACUAUUUCCCAACUUAUCAUCCACCAUUUUGGUCGUAUUCGUUCACUCUAUUCCUAUUGCGAUUUUGCUUGAUAAUUUAUUUAUCAAUGCCACCAAAGGCUCGUUCUGGUUACACAAAAAAGCGUAAAUAUCGUGGAAACCAGUACUCUACUGAAUCGAAGCGUUCGAAGAAGGAAAAAACGAGUGUCAGCACCAAAGGUCUUGGGAAAGAAUGUUCAGCUUCUGCCCGCAAGAUUCCAGCAGGUCUGACCACCGCAUCUUCUGAGGGUAUCAAGGAGUGUAAGGAGUCAAUCAUAAGUGGAUUUCGGUUUGUAGAUAUGAGAAUUUUGUCUUCUGUGAUGGAAUGUAUGCCAUGCAAAGAAUGCUUUGUUUGUGAUUUAAUUUUACAAGAGCAAGCUAUGAAACGCAAAGGUUGUGCCUCGAAUCUUCGUUUGCUUUGCUGCUCGUGUGGUUGGUUUAUGGAAUUCUUUACUUCAGCUCAAAUAGGCCGUUUCUUUGAAGUAAACAGAAGAUUUGUGUAUGCUUCAAGAUCUGUUGGUUGUGGACGUGCGGCAGGUAAGAGGUUUUGUGGACUUAUGAACAUGCCGCCACCUCCUAGACCUACACCAUAUGCUCGCCAUAAUAAAGAAAUACUCCGAGCAGUAAAGAAGAUCUCACUGGAGACAAUGCGUGAUACUGCAAGAGAGAUUCACGAUAUCAAGCCAGGUUCAGAUGAGGGCAUAGCAAGAUGUGGAGUGUCUGUUGAUGGAACAUGGCAGAGAAGAGGCUUUUCUUCUUUAAAUGGCUGUGUGAGUGCUAUUAGCAUGGAUACAGGGAAAGUGGUAGAUGUUGAGCCCCUAAGCAAAGUUUGUAUCAAGUGCAGGGAGCAUGAAAAUGAUCCUGACACCCCAGAAACUACUGCAUGGAGAGCAGACCACAGAGCCUCUUGCAAGGCAAACUUUAAGGGUUCAGCACCAGCUAUGGAACCAGAAGGCGCCCUUCGAAUGUUUCAAAGGUCAGUAGAUCUGCAUAAGCUGCAGUAUGAUGAAUAUUAUGGCGAUGGUGACAGCAAAAGUUACUCAUUAGUCAAAGAUGUAUACCAAGUCUAUGAUAUUGAAGUUCAAAAGAAGGAAUGUGUUGGCCAUGUUCAAAAACGACUGGGAACAGCUUUACGAAAGUUAAAGAAGGAAAAGAAAGGGAUGGGUGGGAAAGGCAGGCUGACAGAUGCCAUGAUUGACAGACUGCAAAAUUACUAUGGAAUUGCCAUUCAAGCAACUCAGGUGAUCUUGCUGCCAUGA